GCUCUUAUUCGCCUGCUAGUACAAAUUAUGUCUUUACGGAGCUGCAGUUUCGCCUAGACAGUAUGAGCGUGGAUGAAUGGGCUACGCACAACCGUUGCGACGCCCUCAAGUGGUGGUCCAAGUGCUUUCUGGUGGGCAUCGAAAACAUUUACGUUGCUAAUGUUAACCGCGACACCAUCGCGCACACCAUUAACAAGCUAUCUGUGCGGCAACUUUGGAAGGAUUGCGAAAAGCCUGGUCACCGAAUCUCUGUGUCAAUUUCCUGCUGCGGCUGGUGGACCAGAUUCGCGGCUUUAUGUCGGUAGUCGACUGCCCCAAAACCGUGUAUCUGAUGAAGUUUGAUGCUAGCCAGGGGGAGAUCUCGUACACUUCGUAUCUUGGCAGGAAUCAGUAUACCUUCAUUCCCGAUUGGUUUCGCAUCAUGUUGGACGAGCGCAUGGAGGACCUAACCCACACAACACUUCAUAAGAAUUAAAGAAAAUAAUUUUUCAUUUCAUUGUUGAGUAGAUAAAUGAAGUUUUAAGUUUA